CAGUCAGACAACAAGAAGAAGAAGCAGAAGAUCCAACAUGGCGGCGCCCGCUUCACUCUCUGACUGAGGUCACAAUUAGUGCCUAAAACCCAGAACAACUCAUCAAGAACAACAGCAGGAGGGGACAUGCUGCUAGAAAAGACUCGGUGUUUGAAAGCGGCGGCUCAGCUCUCUUCUCAGACGGUUUUGUUGAAGGAGUUGAGCCGGUUGUCCUCGCAUGGAGGAGCCAGGAGACACUUCGGCAUCAGCCGCCCGCUGGCGGCGAAGGUCCCCCCACCGCGCAAGCCCCGGGAGAGGGUGGACAUCCCCGGGCUGGAGAUGGUCACCUACGCGGACAGGAUGCACUUCGUGCCGGGCCUGACGAAGCCCGUCGGCCCCCGUUGGGAGAGGGACUACAAGGACCCGCGGUACUACGAGUCUCCUCCGGCCCACGAGAUGCCGCUCUUCAAAGAGACCCCGUGCUACGUGUUCAACCAGAGGACCAGCGCCCUGGAAGGCGUGCGUCAGGCUCUGUGGUUGACCAAGACGAAACUGAUUCCCCAUCUGCCGCCUCAGCUCCUCUCGUUGACAGAGAAUCCUGCCAAUCAAAUACCAGAUCAGGAUGAACGCGUGCAGAACGCCAUCAAACACGCCCGCUUCUGGGACACAACGCAGGAGCGACCGGGCAAAGAGAAGUACAGCAACACUCUUCUCCUCAACCUACUCCACCUGUGUGCAACUCUACAGUCCAGCCACCCAGCGAUCGGAAGGAGGAUCUUUUCCGAGAAAUACUCUUUGGCAGCCACAUGGAAAAGAGGUGAGGACGUGUUCCAGAUCAGGGGUCAGAAUGGUUUGCUGCAUAACUGCAUGGAUCCUCUUCCAGAGGUUUCUGGGAAACAGGAAGUUGCCGACACGGCAGAUCAUGUCCUGGAAGCUUUGUACCCUGUCUCCCCGACCAUUGACCUGCAGAAAGUCCACGUGUACAAAGAUGAGCCGAACUGCACCGGUUUCAGGGGUGACUACCCUUAUCCCCACGCCCACACGCUGUACUUCCUGGAGGGAGCCGAUGCUCGCUGUAAGCUCCGGCCUGAGCAGUUCAGAGCCAAGAUGCUCAUGUUCACCUUUGGAAACGCUCUGGUCCGUGCACACAAAGCCUAUGGGACCCAGCCCCGGCACGUACUAGAUCGGCCCAUAACGGUACAGGCAGUGGGGACCAACGGCCGAAUUUUCCAGUUUAUGGUUCUUCAGCUCAACACCACAGAUCUCUCAGGAGACGAUGGCAUCAAGAACCAGGUGUGGCUGGAGGAAGAUGUUGAGCUCUAUGACUUUGCAAAAGUGCGACCACUCAUCAAGAAGAAGCAGGUGAAGGUACCAGCUGGUCUGACAGGAUACAAGCCUGAAGUCUUCAGCAAGUUCCUGGCACUGUACCUGCACGGGGCUGUGUAGGACUACACACAGCACCGUGUGUGUCUGGGCAGUGAGUCGUCCGUCAAGUAUGCGUGUUGGUUUGGGUCACAAAUCCAACAGGAUAAUUCGUCAGACUGAAAAUAGAAAACUCUUUUUUACACACUUGACUCCAUCCCUCCAUCUGUGGUUGCAACUGUGCAAACUCACUCAAUAAAAUAACUCUUAUUCUGAA